AUGAUUAACUCUGGGCCAGACACCAUUGGCGUUUUUUCUAAUGAACAUAAUAUCGUUAAACCAUUGCGUGUUUGGAGUUAUAGAAUUGUCGUUGAUAAUACCAACAUAGUGAUAGGUUUUGAUGGUCCAGUUGCUGGUCAUGCUGAGUGGUGGUUCCUUUCAGUAUUUGGGUGUCCAGAAAAUAGUUUCAACGAGGGUGGUUUAAGGACAUCUGAACACAGUUAUGGCGCAGGUCAAUGGAAUUUUUUCCAUGCAAAUGCUCCCCCAGUUAAUGUUCGUCAAUAUAUUAUAAAUCAAGAUCCAUCCCCCGUUCCUGGUCUUCAAAAUCAAGUGGUACAUUUUCAAAAUCAAGUGGUAAAUCUUCAAAAUGCAAACGAACUAUUGACAAACUAUAAUGCUUAUUUGGCUGCAGCUCUUCUUAAUGCUAUGCCUCAGAUUCCAAAUCUAGAUGGUUUUCUACCAGUAUACGGUCCUGGGUUGGAAGUUUCAAGUGAAGCUAUUCGUAAUUGGAAUGAAGCAAGAAAAAAUGGCGGUGGUGGUAUUGGUGGUGGUAUCGGUGGCGGUGGUAUUGGUGGUAUUGGUGGUAUCGGUGGGGUAGAUGAUGGUAAAAAGGGUGAUGGUAAAAGAGGUUCAGGUGGUGCGGAUGGUGCACAUGAUGGUUGGUUAAAAUCUGGCUGUAUUUGUCCAGAAACUCCUCCUUGUCCAGUAGUAAUUCCAUGUCCAGAGCCAGUGGUUUGUAAUAUAGCAAAAAUUCAAAUUCAAUUGAAUUCAACCAUAAAAAGUUUGGAUGAAUGCAAAAAACAAAAGGACCAAACCAAUGAUAACCUCAACGUCUGCAAGUCCCAUAAAGAUGAGACACAAGAUUGGCUCACCGACUGUCAAAAAGAAUAUGUUAAACAAACAAGUCAUUCAUCCAAAGAUGAUACUCUAAUUUCUCUCAGAAACUGCCAAGCCGAAUACCAAAAAGAAACAUUCAAAAAAGAUAAGCUCUGCCGUGGUUUGUCCAAACAUAUCAUUGGUUAUCUCGAUUUCUGUGAAGAUAAGGUAGAAAAGCUCAAACUCGCUAAUUGUGAAUAG